GCUAGGGAGCCGGCCCCGGACAUGGAGGCCCUGCGCAGGGCCCACGCGGCCGUGCUGCGGCUGCUGCUGUGCGGGCCCUGGGCCUCGGGCACCGCCUCCCGCCCGAAGCCCCGCGCCUCGGAGGUGCUGACGCGGCACCUGCUGCAGCGGCGCUUGCCGCACUGGACCUCCUUCUGUGUGCCCUACAGCGCGGUCCACAACGACCAGUUCGGCCUGUCGCACUUCAAUUGGCCGGUGCCGGGCGCCAACUACCACGUCCUGCGCACCGGCUGCUUCCCCUUCAUCAAGUACCACUGCUCCAAGGCGCCCUGGCAGGACCUGGCCCCGCAGAACCGCUUCUUUACCGCGCUCAAGGUCAUCAACCUGGGUAUUCCAACUUUAUUAUAUGGACUUGGCUCCUGGUUAUUUGCCAGGGUCACAGAGACUGUUCAUACCAGUUACGGACCAAUAACAAUCUAUUUUCUAAAUAAAGAAGAUGAAGGUGCCAUGUAUUGAAAUUGUGCAUUGGAAAACACAAAUGUCAAUGAAUUUGUUCCCCUGUGUGUGUGUAUGUAGUAUUUAUUUUUGAUCCUUUAAAAUAAAACACUGGCAAAACCUUUGUGUUUCUA